AUGAAGAGGUUCGGCAGGAUGGAGGGGCAAGGCCUAGCAGCAGUAGUGUUUCUGGACAGUCUCACAGAAAGGCGUGGGGGGCUGAGAAGAGGCAACCGAGAACCAUGGCGGCGGUGCUGGCUGCGGCGGCAGUGCGGGCCCGGAUCCUGCAGGUUUCUUCCAAGGUGAAUUCCAGUUGGCAUCCAGCAUCCUCCUUCUCUUCCUCUUCAGUGCCAACCGUAAAGCUCUUCAUUGGUGGGAAGUUUAUUGAAUCCAAAAGUGACAAAUGGAUUGACAUCCACAACCCUGCCACCAAUGAGCUCAUUGGUCGGGUCCCUCAAGCCACCAAGGCUGAAAUGGAUGCAGCAGUUUCUUCCUGCAAGCGUGCUUUUCCUGCAUGGGCAGACACUUCAAUAUUAAGCCGUCAACAGGUCCUGCUCCGCUAUCAACAACUCAUUAAAGAAAACUUGAAAGAAAUUGCCAAGUUAAUCACAUUGGAACAAGGGAAGACCCUGGCAGAUGCCGAAGGAGAUGUAUUUCGAGGCCUUCAGGUGGUUGAGCAUGCCUGCAGUGUGACAUCCCUCAUGCUGGGAGAGACCAUGCCAUCCAUCACCAAAGACAUGGACCUUUAUUCUUACCGUCUGCCUCUCGGAGUGUGUGCAGGCAUCGCUCCGUUCAAUUUUCCUGCCAUGAUCCCCCUCUGGAUGUUUCCCAUGGCCAUGGUGUGUGGAAAUACCUUCCUGAUGAAACCAUCAGAGCGAGUCCCUGGAGCCACUAUGCUCCUUGCCAAGUUGCUCCAGGACUCCGGUGCCCCUGAUGGAACACUGAAUGUCAUCCAUGGACAACAUGAAGCUGUAAACUUUAUUUGCGAUCAUCCGGAUAUCAAAGCAAUCAGCUUUGUAGGAUCCAACCAGGCGGGAGAGUACAUCUUCGAGAGAGGGUCAAGACAUGGCAAGAGAGUUCAAGCCAAUAUGGGAGCGAAGAACCACGGGGUAGUCAUGCCAGAUGCCAAUAAGGAAAAUACUCUGAACCAGCUGGUUGGGGCAGCAUUUGGAGCAGCUGGUCAGCGCUGCAUGGCUCUUUCAACAGCAAUCCUUGUGGGAGAAGCUAAGAAGUGGCUGCCAGAGCUGGUAGAACGUGCCAAAAACCUGAGAGUCAAUGCAGGAGACCAGCCUGGGGCUGAUCUUGGCCCUCUGAUCUCCCCACAAGCAAAAGAGCGAGUCUGUAAUCUGAUUGAUAGUGGAACAAAGGAGGGAGCUUCUAUCCUUCUUGAUGGCCGAAAUAUUAAAGUCAAAGGUUAUGAGAAUGGAAACUUUGUUGGACCAACUAUCAUCUCAAAUGUCAAGCCAAAUAUGACCUGUUACAAAGAGGAGAUUUUUGGCCCAGUUCUUGUGGUUCUGGAAACAGACACUUUGGAUGAAGCCAUCAAGAUCGUAAAUGACAAUCCAUAUGGAAAUGGAACUGCCAUCUUCACUACCAAUGGAGCCACUGCUCGGAAAUAUUCCCACUUAGUGGAUGUCGGACAGGUAGGGGUGAAUGUGCCCAUUCCAGUGCCUUUGCCAAUGUUCUCAUUCACUGGCUCUCGAUCUUCCUUCAGGGGAGACACCAAUUUCUAUGGCAAACAGGGCAUCCAAUUCUAUACUCAGCUAAAGACCAUCACUUCUCAGUGGAAAGAAGAAGAUGCUACUCUUUCCUCACCCGCUGUAGUCAUGCCUACCAUGGGCCGCUAGAGAUGAGUUUGUUCCAGACUCAGUCCAUCCUGAGUAAUCUCCCUGUAUUCUCGACCAACUCUAACUGCCAACUUAACUCAGAUUAGAUCCCUGGGAUUGGAAUAUCUUGUAACUAAAAUCUUUCUCAGGACCACUAGUCCUUGCAGAGUUGCUAAUAGGAAGACUCUAACUGUGAAAUGCUUACCUGAAAUGAGAUCUUAGACCUGGUUUUCUAAAGAUUCUCCGCUUUUCUGAUGACUUGAAGGAAAGGAACAUUAAUGUGUAAAGAAGAUUUUCUAUUAAUUGGAAGAGGAUCUCUUGAAUGGGGAAAUACGUCAAAAAUAAUUCACCCUUUGGUUGAUCCUCAAACACAGCCCUACAUAAAUGCCACUGGGUGAGAUUCCUCCCAAGCUUUUCUUAGCCUCUCUUCUAGCCACAUACACAAGAUACAGUCCAUUUCUACUUAGCCUAACAGUUGUGACAACCACUUCUUUCUUUCCUGCUAGUGCCACUUUGUCCUAAUGAUUCAUGACCACUAAUUCUAUCAUUGUCACUGGUUCUGCUUCAUUUAUUUUUUAUUUUUGGGCCACACCUAUGGCAUAUGGAAGUCCCCAGGCCAGCAACUGAAUCCAAACCUAAGCUGCAACCUACACUGCAACUGCGGUAAUGCUGGAUCCUUAACCCACUGCACUGGGCUGGGGACCAAACUGGCUCUGCCUGGGAGAAAACGCUGGAUCCUUAGACAACUGCUGUUCCUGCUUCUUAAAACCGCUUCUCAGGGAUACCUGAGCAUGCAUUGGAUAAGUCAACUUGUGUUGUGUGUGCCAAGCAUUAAAUUUCAGUGGAUGCUUCAGCAACCAUUAAUUAAUGCUUCAGUCCUUAAUUCAGAUGCCAAAAGGGUUUUGUUUUGUUUUUGUUUUUGUUUUCUCUCUUUUUAGGGCUGUACUGGUGGCAUAUGGAAGUUCCCAGGUUAGGGGUUGAAUUGGAGCUGCAGCUGCCGGCCUACACCACAGCCACAGCAACACCAGAUCUGAGCCACAUCUGUGACCUACACCACAGCUCACAGCAACACCGGAUCCUUAACCCACUGAGCGAGGCCAGGGAUCAAACCCGCAGCCUCAGGGAUACUGGUCCAGUUCUUAACCCCCUGAGCCACAGUGGAAACUCCCAGUGGGUUUUUUUUGGGGGGAGGGGGUUGUUGGGGGUUUUUUUGUUGUUUUUUUAGAAAACUUUCAAAAGUUAUUUUAGGGCCGGAAAUCAAGGAAUUUUUCAACCAUGAAACCAUGAAGGUGGGCAAGAUUCUUGCCUAAAGUAAGUCUAACCUGAUAUUACUUGCUGAUUUUUUUUUUGUCUUUUUAGGGCUGUACUUGCGGAUAUGGAAGUUCCCAGGCUAGGGGUCAAAUCUAUAGCUGUCAGCCUACACCACAGCCGAAGCAACGGAGGAUCCAAGCCAAGUCUGUAACCUACAUCACAGCUCACAGCAACGCUGGAUCCUUAACCCACUGAGUGAGGCCAUGGAUCAAACCCGCGUCCUCAUGGAUACUAGUCAGAUUUGUUACUGCUGAACCAUGACAGGAACUCCAGUUGCUGAAUUUUUUAUGUUGUUCUUUCUUCUUGCCUGCAUCUGUCAUUUAUGAUACUUUUUAAUGAAAGAACCCCUAAUGUAAAAGUAAUGGUUGGGGCCUAAGAAAUUUCAUAGUUUCCCAUAUGUAAAGUAGUGAAAGAAAUGCUUUGACAGGUUCUUCUACCAUCAUUUCAAGUGUCUUUAUGCUUUUUGUUUCUUUGCUAUAACUUAACUCUAAGUCAGAACAGAAAUUUAUGUGUUAAGCAGAAUAGAUUCUGCCUUUGUACUCUACCAUCCCAGUCCAACCAUGUCUAUCUGAGAUGGCUUCCACCCACUGAACAAGGAGAAGGCUUCAGCUUUUAAUAGAGUAGUUCCUGGUCUUCAGCCAGAUGACAUAAGUCAUUUAUUUUUCUGCUUCCUCAUUAGUCAUGUGGAUAAUGCUAACCUAUUUUUGUGGGGGUUAGUAAAUUAAGGAUAGUUAAAACCUUGAAAAUAUUUGUGCCCUCUGGAUUUUAGGCUUAUUACUGCCACCAGCUGGACAGAACAUCAAAAUAUUCAGUCACUUAAGGAGAAUUAAACUUUAAUAAAAUACAUUUAUGACCAUACUAGCCCUCCUUUUUCUCUUUUUUCUUUUUUUUUGGGGGGGGGCGCCACUCCUGCAGCAUAUGCAACUUCCCAGGCUAGGGGUCAAAUCUGAGCUGCAGUUUGGCCCAUGCUACAGCUGCAGCAAUGCCAGAUUCGAGGUGCACCUGCAGCAUACACCACAGCUUUUGGUAAUGCUGGAUCCUUAACUCACCAAGGGAGGCCAGGGAUUGACCUUGCAUCCUCAAGAAUGCAAGUUGGGUUCUUAACCCAUUAAGCCACAAUGGGAAGUCCCCUCCCCCCCCCUUUUUUUCCUCUGGAUUUGCCUUCCUAAAGGUGAAGCAAUAGAAAUUUACAGUCUCUUGACAGAAUUCCUCUUGUUUUAUACAUUGUCACAGCUGGCAACUGGUAGUGAUAUUUAAUCCAGUCCAACAACUCCAGGCUGGGUUGAAUGAAAGGUCAUAUUGUCUAAAUUCCAGAUGGAAUUAAAUAUAAUGACAGAGACUAAGUUUUCCUUACAUUUAAGGGAAAUCACUCUUUAGAAAUACUAAUAAGAAUGGUGUUGCUUUAAUUGGGAUCAACUCAUUUGGGUAGCUACUCGCUACUCUGAAGAGUUUCUUAUUUCUUGGAGGGAAAAAAAAUCUGUAUAGUUACGUUCAUGCUAGUAGCAGCUAAAAAUUUCAGCCUUUGUGCUCUGAAGUGGCCUCAUUUGGAAUUUCUCAGAUUUUACGUUGUGCUAAUUGAUUAUGUAAAACAAAUUACAAAUAAAAAGCUCUUAAAAAGGAAA